AUGAAAGGCCCUGAUGAUCCUCCUCCCGCCAUCGCCGCUGGCCUUGGCACUACUCAUGCUGCUAAUGGCCCUGCAGCUGUUGCUACUGCAGUUGCUGCUGCAACCGCGGCUCCUGUUGCUGCCACAGUUGCUGCUGCUGGCCCCCUUGUCAUCACCGCUGCUCCUACUGCCGCCAUUGUUCCUGCUGUUGCUGCCCCUGCCACCGCCAUGGCUGGCCCCACAGCUGGUCCUGCUGGAGCUCCUGCUCCCAGGUUGGGUCAACCCAACGUACCUGGGCCCCUCAAUGACCCAGAGGCGCUUCAGGCAGCCAUUGAGGGUGCCCUGGUGAUAGCCAAUCAGCCUCUGCCGGUGCUCCCCGGUAGAUGGUAUGUUGUUACUCGUGGACAGGAAGUUGGGGUCUUUCAAGGCUGGGCCAGUGUCUCGCCGCUCGUCUCCACAGUGCCGAACACGUGCCAUGAGUGCAUCUCCUCCCGGGAGAAUGGCUUCCAGAUCUUCCGCGCGGCCAUCGCUGCAAGGACCGUUGCGCUGUGCCCAUGA